AUGCUUGGACGCUUCCAUAAAAGUCAGAAUUUGGUUCCGUUCUCUGAAAUCGAGGCAGAGAUCAGGUAUGUUGUUAUCCAUAUGCAUUUUUUUAUUUUUCUGUUUUUAGAAAGCUUUUCAUCGAAGAAAAAGAAGGCGAGCUGAGACCGGGACGUAAAACUCGUCAAGAGCGAAUUCAGGAAGAGCUAAAUGCUUCUGCAUUUCGAGAGUUUGAGGAGCAACUUGAGAAUGAAGUGCAAAUGGAGAAAGAGAAAUGGGAAAGGAGAAGAGUCGAGAAGUUGAACCAGUCCUUAAAUAAAGUAAGACCUUGUUUUUUGGAAGUGGUAUUAUUUGUGCUGUUAUAGACAUUAAACGGAUCGUUUUCAUCUCCGAAAACAUCACAGAACAAUUUGAAUGAUCCCGUGGCCGAAUUCAAACCGGAACUUUUCAAGACUAAGGUUCUGAUAGAGAAGAUCAAGGCGCUGGAGAGUGCGAGGACUGUUCUGAGCACCAGCAUAAUAGAGAAUCAAUCCGUUGUGAAGCCGAAGACUCCUCUUCACAAAACAGAUUCCGUGAUCAGUAAUGAAGAAAAGGCUGCUCUGUUUGCCCCCUCAGGAGACGGUACUGGUCUCUCCACGCCUGUAAAGGGACCGGCCCCGCUUAAGACUCCUGUGGCAACAAAACGAGCGUCAAUAUCGACAUCAGAGAUUAGAGAGAGUCCAGUUUCAUCAGCUCCGACCUUCCCUGUAGGUAAGUGUAAUAUAAAUUUGAUUAAAACUUAUGGCAAUUCUGUAUAGCUGCCUCAAGAACUCUCGAAACAACUCCGGUACAGUCUUAUAAUCCUGAUAUCAAGAAGUGUUUUGAUGAUUGGAUCCACAAAAUGGCCGUCGAGCAUAAGAAUCUCAGAACCAGACUAACCAAGUACAGAAAAGAGCCAGAGAAUGCGAAGUUCUGCAACUCUUUGAAGAGAAACAUCAACGAUCAGAUAGAUGUGACCACGAGUAAAGACUUUAAUGAUAUUAGGAGGAUCUCCAUGGCCCACAACUUCUUUGAGAGCCUGCUGAAUGGGCAGACUAUCAAGGGAUCUGCCGAUGAUUCGGAAAUUCGGUUGGAUGCACAGAAUGAAAUCGCUUUGGAAUAUACUGUAGCUUGGAUUUGUGAGCGAUAUACUGUAGGUGAUUGUUUUAUAAAGUCAAAUUUGUCUUUAUAUGGACCUUUUUAUAUUAUUCUACCUGACUUUAACCAUCACCUUUUAGAAACUGGUCGCAUCUGAUGGGGAUCUCAUCGAGAGUGUGGCCACUAUCUUCACCAUGCUAGUAAGACUCAGACCCUUUAUCCGAGAUCGUCUCGUCAGUUUGGUCGUAUCGAAUUGUGUGCUAUUGAGGAUGAAUCCAGAUGAAAUGUAAGAUUACUGUAGUUUUUUGGAAAUUUCUAAAUUUAGAUUGAAGAAAGUCAUCGAAUUGGGAAAUGUAUCGGCAGAAGAGUCCUCUGUUUGGCUCCCAGAAGAAGGAAACAAGGUGAAACUUUUGCUGAAGACUUGUUUUUACACUACCAAUGUUGAUGGAGGUGAACUCGGCAGCUCGUUCCUCAUAAAUCAGCUUCUCAAGGCUUCACUGAACUCUCCUCCAAUCCCAAUUUCAACGUGUUUUGUCUUAACUAGCAUUGUACAGGUUAGGAUUGUCAAAUUGUUAUGUUAUUUAGCUUUUAGACUUAUGGAAAAGCUCUUUUGAAAAUGGCUGAUCUCAUGGAGAAUAUUCAAAAGAUCAAGAAUCUCAUCGAAAUGGAUUGGAACAAUGUUUUGGCGCCUUUCAAAGAAAGAAUCCCGAAAGCAGAAGCGUGGAAUGUCCUAGAAUCUAGACAGAAUGUUUGUCUACAGCAACUGAAAUCAGCGUUAAAUGAAGUUGUGGCCAAGACUGGGUAA